CAUUAUCUCGUUCUAGCGAUUCUUGCAAACACUCGAGUACGAACUUUACUAACCGUAGCAACUUUUUUUGAUGUGAUGUGCGCCAGUUUGUAGUGCCAAAUAACCAAAAUGUGGUUAAAGUACUUUGUUAUUUUUGUUUUGUUUAGUGUUAGCGUUAAAGGACUAGAUGGUGAUCUUCCACCAGAUGUCGAAACUAUCGAUGUGGACACUACCAAUGUAAGCAACGCGGAUCCAGAUGCAGGGAAACCUAUCCCGGUGGAAGAUACGCCUAAUGGAGCCCCUCCAGUGAAUACAAACUAUGAAGUAGAUAAAACCUUAGUUAAUGUAACCAAUAGUUUGGUAAAUGUGACUAAAAAUCCCAGACGGACUUAUCAGACAGUUAAUAAAUUGGGCAAAUAUUCGACAUUUUAUGCUGCAGAUUACGUCACUACAGAAAAAUAUCUUCCAGAUCCUAUGACCUCAGACACAGCUCCACCAGACACUGACCAACGAGGAGGAGGAGGAACUCCAUACACUAUAUCAGAACCGAGACUGGCAGAAAUAAGGAAACAUUUUAUGUACCCAUUUUUCGAUAAAGGAGGCAGUGAUAAUAACUUGGGAGAUUUCCAAAAGGACAUUCAAUCUUCCAUUCCUCAGGUGCACAAGAAUUUAAACUUCCAGUUGCCUUUCUUUGGAUUCAGGUAUAAUUACACAAGAGUUUCAGUGAAUGGGUAUCUGGAAUUCAGCGAUCCACCUCCAAAUUAUGACUAUCCAUUAGUAUUUCCAAUUAAAGAAUGGCCCAAAAAGAAUGAUCCUGCCUUUAUUGGCAUUUUCUUCAGCAGAUGCAGAAUCGGUAAUCUACGUGAUGGAGACAUUGAUCAAAGAACACCCGGCGUCUAUUUUAGAAUGGAAAGAGAUUUAAGAACGAGGCAAGACAGAAUGGGUGUAGAAAUUAGAGAAAGACUUAAGUGGGAUAUCAGAACAGGAGUCAUUGGAUCAGAAACAUUCGAUCCUAAGCACGCCGUUAUUGUCACUUGGAAAAAUGUUACUUUCACUGGAGGAUUCGCUAAUGCUAAAUACAAGACAAACACCUUCCAAAUGGUUCUUGCAACUGACGAAGUCUUCACUUACGCGAUGUUCAACUACCUCAACUUGGACUGGACCUCCCACACUGAAGCGGGUGGUGAUUCCCAAAACGGGGAAGGUGGUGUCAGUGCCUAUGUUGGUUUUAACGCUGGAAACGGUACCAGAAGCUACGAAUACAAUCCUUACAGUCAAGCUUCCGUCAUUCGAGAUCUCACUUCAGUUGGAUUUGGAAAUGGUUUUAAGGGAAGACAUAUUUUCCGUAUAGACGAAGACAUUUUGCUUGGAUCGUGCAACAAAGAUAUAGAUGGUGCCAACCUUCCCCUGAAAUUCGCUCCUGAAAGUGGUAACAUGUUGGGUGGAACAGUGGUAAAUAUAACUGGUCCAUGCUUCAAUUUGAAUGAUAGGAUUCGAUGCAAGUUUGACGUAUCAAAUGAAGUAUUUGGGUAUGUUGUUGAUAAAAACAGAGCUAUCUGUGUACAACCUCAACUUUAUGCCGAAGGAUGGGUGAAUCUUCAAAUUGCUGUUAAUUCCGAAGCAUUCAAGUGGAAGGGGAAGUAUUAUGUAGAAUCACCUGCUAGUGCGACUCAAAAAAUCUUCUUUAAGGACAUGAAAUUACACGAAAAAUCUCCGAGCGAAUUAAAAAUCACUUGGGAGAAGCAGAAUUUGACCACAAACGACAACGCUAACAUCCGAAUUUCUCUCUGGGGUUACAGAGAAACGACUAUGAAACCAGUGUUUGUUUAUAUCACCGAUAUCGCUGAUAAUGUUCAAAACAUUGGAGAACACACGAUUGUUCCUUCUCAGUUUAGAACUAGAGUCAAUCAAUAUCUGACUGAUAUUAAGUUUGGAUUCCUCCAAAUUAAUUUAACUGAGUCUAUCACAGUUAAUACAUAUACUACAAGCCAGAGCAGCAUAGAAUUAACACCGGUAAUAUGGAGCCGACCCAUUCCACUCGGUUGGUACUUCCAGUUCCAAUGGGAAAACCAGUACGGUAAAAAUUGGCCCAAAUAUCUAUGUGACGAUUGGCUGAGAACGGACAGAUAUCUAAAAAACUUCGCCCACGAACUUGCUCAAUGUCCCUGCACCGUCGAACAGGCUUUAGCUGACAAGGGCAGGUUUAUGCCAGACUUCGAUUGCGACAAAGAUUCGAACCCGAUUUGUUACUAUAACAACCAAGCACUUCAUUGUGUGAAAACUGGAUCUCCCACUUUAGAAGGCUCCGAACAACAAUGUUGCUAUGAUAAAAACGGCUUUUUGAUGCUCUCUUACGAUCAGCAAUGGGGUUCUAGUCCGAGACGUUGCCACAACUUGGGUAAAAUGCCUUACAAUGAAGCGACAAAAGUGCCUACUCUCUCACAAUGGUUUAAUGACAUGGUACCCAAAUAUUUGUGUUGUCUUUGGCAAGACGAGCAAGCUGUGGGAUGUGAAACACUGAGAUUUGAACGGAGACCUACACAGGAUUGUGUAGCUUACCAAGCACCAGGUGUAGCAGGAGUCUACGGUGAUCCACACUUUGUUACUUUCGACGAUGUAGAAUAUACGUUUAAUGGAAAGGGAGAAUUCGCAUUGGUGAAAUCAGUUACGCAAACGGACAAUCUGGAAAUCCAAGGAAGAUUUGAGCAAAUGGACCCUAACACUUAUGGUGAGGUUAGAGCUACUCAACUGACUUCUGUAGUAGCUAAAGGUAAUAACACAAUAGCAAUUGAAGUCAGAAGGAGACCUCUAGAUUCUAGAUGGAGAUAUAGGUUGGAUGUUAUAGCAGAUAAUAGAAGACUUUAUUUUGAUAGACCCUCACUAAAAUUCCAGCACUUCCAAGGUGUUACUAUUUACACUCCAAGCUACAUCCUUAAUCAAUCAGAAGUCAUCAUUAUGUUUGACAAUGGAGCUGGAAUGGAGGUUGUCGACAAUCAAGGAUUCAUGAGUGCAAGAGUAUUUUUGCCUUGGUCGUUUAUAAAUAAAACCAUAGGCCUUUUUGGAAAUUGGAGUUUCAACAAAGAAGAUGACUUCACACUUCCAGAUGGUUCUAGAGCAGCAAUAGUGAAUAACAUAAAUGACAUGGAAAGGGUUUACAAUGAUUUUGGUUCCAAAUGGAUGUUGGAGGAUGUGUUAGAUCCUCAAAAGGGUAGAGCAUUGUUCCACAGGGAAUUCGGAAGAACUUCAGCGACUUACAACAACAAAACGUUCAAGCCUCAAUUCCUAAUGAAUCCGGAAGAUUUCCUACCAACCAACAGAUCUACAGAUCUUAAGCGAAUAUCCGAAAUAUGUCCUCUAAAGUUGUACGAAUGUUACUACGAUUACGCUAUGACGGUUGACAGGGAUUUGGCGCAUUACACCAAGAAUUAUAAAGCCACGAUCUAUCAAUAUAAAGAAACGACAAGGAGGAAAGUUGUGUCUUGCGGAGUACUAGAAACGCCGAGAUUCGGACGAAAGAGUACUUUCCUGUUCGUGCCCGGUACGAAGGUUACCUAUGAAUGCAUCCAAGAGUUCGUAUUGGUAGGUGAUCAGCGGAGAGAGUGUCAAGCGGAUGGAACAUGGAAUAUUCCUGAAUACGGAUACACAUAUUGCUUACGUCAGCAGGAAUACUCUCAACGACAAGCUGGUUUGGCUUCCGGGAUAAUUAUGGCUAUUCUUAUCCCGCUCAUCUUGCUUUUCGUCUACUUGGCGUAUCGUUUCUUACAAAGAAGGCAGAAAGAAAAAGAAUCUGAAAAAUUACAAGAGCAACAGUUCAUGGAAUCACAAAGGAGAGCCCAAGAAGCAGCUACUAAGAAAUUAACAGAAGCUGAAUAUGCUUCAGAAGAUGAAGACAGUAAUGUUACAAGCACGGGAGCAAAAGAAACAACCGUAUACUAACACCUAUAGAAUAUAAUGAUUCAACCUAUGAAUUGUAAUAUUUUAAAGUUUAAUCUUUGUCAAAACUAUUAUAUAAAAUAAGUACUAUAUUAUGUUGUAGUUAAUAUUUAAUAGGACUUUUAUUUUUUAUUGUAUUUCAGAUUAUAUUUCAUGCAGAGUGUGAUUUAGAUUAUAUUUCAUGCAAAGUGUAGAGUUUCAGAUAUAGCCUUUUUAACCACAACGUAAUCCGAUUCUUAUAGUAAAUUCAACAUUAUUUAAGAUACUUUUUCAUUGAAUUGUAUACCUAUCUAAUCCUGCAAGACCCACAUAUCUUUUUCCCAAUUAAAAGAGUAAAUAGGAAGAUACGAAAGUACAAAGUUAAAAUAAAUUAACGAAUUUCAUAAAACCCAGUAGAAAGCUAUGUUCUGCAGUUAUUAUCUAAAUUAGAAUACUAUUAAGUAACCAUAUCACCCUUCUCAAGUUUACAUUAACAUCAAGAUCUACUGGUGGCAUCCAUAGGUAGGUGCCUACUCGUAUAUUUAGUAAACAACAGUUUGUUGAUCCAUCAACUUCUUGUUGGUAAGAUUCAGCUCAACGUUGAGGGCAACCGGCCCUUCUUCUUAAAGUUCCAUCUUCUAUCAGAGGUUGGAUAUCAUAAUGGGUUUGGUCACUCUGUUGGCUGCUGCUCUGAAUAGUUGUAAUAAACUACAGUUAAACCAUUAUCUAAGGUUCUUUAGCCAGGAGAUGCGUCUUCUUCCUUGGAUCCUUCCUUGCAUAAUAAUUCUCAGCAACUCAUAUUUUUCUCCUCUAGUUAUGUGAUCCAAAUAUUCCAGUUUUCUAGUUUUUAUACUGUUCAUAAUUUCUAACUCCUUAUUUAAACGUGGUAGCACUUCAACAUUGGUAAUCCUUUGAACCCACUAAAUUUUCAAUAUUCUUCUGUAACACCACAUUUCGAAAGCUUCUAUUUUUCUUAUGUGUUGUCUCUUCAACGUCCAAGCUUCCAUUCCGUAUAGUAAUAUAGAAAACAUGUAGCAUCUUAGAGCCCUCAAUCUGAGAGGCAACUGAAGGUCUUUGUUUGUUAGCAUUGUCUUCAUUUUUAUAAAUGCUUGACUCUUGACUUGCAGUUUCAGUUCGGACUUUAAUUUCUUUGCUUUGGUCAUUUUUGUCAUCAACCCAGGUUCCCAGAUAUUUAUAUGUAUCUACUUUUUUAUUUGGGUUUGCUCUAUCAUUAACCUUUCAUUUCCAUGUUGUUUUUGAGACAAUCAUAAAUUUAGUUUUUUCUUGUUUAUUUUUAGUCCAAAUCUAAUGCAAUAAUCGUUAAUUAUAUUUACAAAUUCUUGUAGCGAUUCCAGGGUAUCUGCCAUUAAAACGGUGUCAUCAGCGAAUCUUAUGUUAUUUACUAUUCUUCCGUUUAUAGAGAUUCCAUCACUUAGUUCCGCUAUCGCUUCCUGAAACUUCACUGUACACGUCAAACAGUAUUGGUGGCACAACACAGCCCUGUCUUACUCCUCUCUUUAUAUCAACAUUCUAGGACUCUUUUUCUUCUAUCUUUAUAUUGGCCUUUAGAUUCCAAUACAGAUUGAUGAUAAUUCGUAAAUCUCGUCUGUAUAUAUCUCUGUUUUUCAAUAAUUCUAUUAGUUUUUCAUGAUGGACCCUGUCGAAUGCUUUUUCGAAGUCGAUGAAACAGCAACCAGCCCAUAGACCAUAUUUAUAAUUUGUCGACAACGUUCGUCUACAAUUUGUAUUUAGAAUAUAUAACAAUCAUAUACUAGCAAGAUCAGAAAGAUCUAAACCAGCAGGCAGCAACUGAAACACAAAGCUGGACAAAUUAAAUGGCUUAUUUGAAGAGAUAUGGGAGUGGAAAAUUGAUAUAAUUAUUGUACAAAAAAAUUUCACAUAGCAAAGCAUCUCGCAUACUUCAAUCUAAUUUUGUUAUCAAAAUAAAUGCAUCAUUAGAAAUAUCACACAUCAACAUUAUACAGUUAAAGUACAUAAUAUAUACAGUUAAAGUACAUAUAGUCGGAAAAAUUAAAGAAUACCCAUGAACGAUCACAUCAAUCACUUAUUUUGUAUUUGCUGUCUUUUUCUAUAACAAACGUUUGUUAUUUAUAGAAAAAGACAACAAAUACAAAAUAAGUGAUUGAUGUGAUCGUUUAUGGGUAUUCUUUCAUGUUUCCGACUGUAGUUGCGUAGUUACUAUUCUAGUUUAGUUUAAUUGUAAGUUUCUCUUAAAAAGCCACAACAAAAACAUGAAGUAGUUGGUUGAAAUACAAGUUAAAAGUCACUUUCGUUCAAAUAAUUUUAAUUAAUUCGAACUUGAAAGAAGCUACUUUUUGUUAUUAUUGUUCUGAAGCUAUUUUCCUGUGGCACCUUCAUACAACUUCCUAUUUUCACAGGGAAUAAACCACAAAUUUACUUUAAAAUAAAUUUAUUAAUAAAAUACAUAGUAAGAAGUAAAAUAAUAAACUUAUUUUAAGUAAAAUUGUGGCGUAUUCCCACUAGAAAUAGUAAAAAGGAUUCCUUCUAGAAUGUUUGUUUUUUUUUACGUGAAAAAUAUUGUCGUAAUUUAGUAGUAGGUACUUCACUUUUUUAGAAAAUCUAGUACAGUUCGUGAUAAAUCUCAAAUUUACUAUUAUUCUCUACGUAGAUUAGUGAUAUUUGUAUUCUUAGUAUUUUUGUAUUACAUGUAGAAUUUACAACAAUAAAUCUAAGUAAAUCUA